AUGACUGUGGAAUCUACUGGUAACGAGCCGAACGCUCGUGCCUCGAGAAGAAUUCGAUGCAUCAUCAUCGGAGCUGGGGUAUCCGGCAUUCUCAUGGCAUAUAAGCUGAAAAUGUACCUCAAAAACAAUGUGGAUUUUCGUAUACUCGAAAAGAACUCGGACCUGGGCGGCACAUGGUUCGAGAAUCGCUACCCAGGUAAACCAAGACUCAGUCGCAUCGGCAUUUUCGUGAUUGAGCGACUGAUCUCCUUAGGCUGUGCCUGUGAUGUACCCAGUCACGUGUACCAAUACUCAUUUGCGCCCAACUCGGAGUGGUCUAGAUUCUAUGCAAAUUCGCUCGAGAUCCAACAGUAUCUCAAAGAUGUCUGCCGUCAUCACGACCUUACCAAGUACAUCACCUAUAACGCCGAGGUAACAGACGCUCGUUGGAGCGAGGAGGACGGCAUUUGGGCCGUCAAAGUUGGUAGGGAUGCGCUGGGCGUUUUUCAAUGCGAGAUCCUGGUUAACGCCGGUGGGAUUCUCAAUAACUACAAGAUGCCUUCGAUUCCUGUCGACCUGAGAGACAAGAGAGUGGCAAUCAUUGGUGCAGGGGCGAGCGCGGUACAGGUGCUUCCAGCGAUUCAGUCAAUCUGCAAAUCAGUCGAUGUCUACAUUCGAACACCAUCCUGGAUCUGCCCCCCUAUUGGCCUGCCCCCAGGCACGCUUGAUAAUCCGUCGUAUACAGAGGAUGACAUGCGUCGCUUUCGGGAAGACCCAGCCCACUCGCUGUUUGUACGAAAAGGCAUGGAGGCCGGCUUCAACAGCAUGUUCUCUGCUUUCCGUAAAGGGACGCCAGAGCAGGAGAAUAUGCGCCAGAAAUAUGAUGCUUAUAUGCGGGAGCUGAUCAAGAGUACGGACCUGCAAGCGCAGCUCAUACCAUCUUUUGAGGUUGGCUGUCGCCGGAUCAAUCCGUCUGCUCCGUAUCUAGUGGCCCUUCAAAAGCCCAACGUCAACCCGAGAUUUGGUAACAUCGUGCAGAUUCAACGGGAAGGCAUCGUUACUGCUGGUUCCAACGAUGCAGAAGGCAAAGCGGAGUUAUAUCCAGUCGAUGUCAUCAUUGCUGCCACUGGAUUCGACACCAGCUUCCGGCCGCGUUUCCCGAUUGUUGGCAGAAACGGGACUAACCUGCAAAGCCUGUGGGAAUCAAGACCUGUGUCCUACAUGGGAACUGGAGUGGCAGGAUUCCCGAACUAUCUCACCUUCCUUGGACCUAACACGCCGAUUUCCAAUGGAGGGCUCAUGGGGGUUCUGGAAGCCACAAGUGAUUAUUUUAUCAGACUUAUUACUAAGUUUUGUCGCGAAAACGUCAAGGCUUUCGAUGUCACUCAGGAAGCACAAGGUGACUUCUCAAUGCACACUCAAAAUUAUAUGAAAGACAUGGUAUGGAGCGGUGCCUGUCGCAGUUGGUUCAAAUCGGAAGUGGAUGGCCAUAUUACUGCGCUGUGGCCCGGCAGCGCUCUGCACUACAUUCAGACUCUGGCCGAGGACCGAUUUUGUGACUAUUCCUGGACAUACCGCCGAAACCGAUUUGCAUAUUGGCAGGACGGCUUUUCAUGGAUUGAGCAGCCCGAUGCCGAUGCACUUGGACUUGCUUUUGCGGAGGCUCGUAGGGAAAUGCCAACUUUGCCGCGCCAGGGUGCAGAUUGGAGCUUCUGGCUCACUGAAGCUCAGGCUCUCCCUAUGAGAAAGGCUGAAGGUAGUUUGGGGGACCAAGGGGAGCGGAAGAAAGGAGAGGAAAUAGUCUAUACUGUCGUAUGA